GGCACCAUAGAAGUCCACUAUAUGGAGAGAAAUCCUGAAAUGUUUUCCUCAAAAAACAUAAUUUCUUUAAGACUGAAGAAAGAAAGACAUGAACAUCUUAGAUGACAAGGGGUGGGUAAAUUAUGUGUAAAUUUUUGUUCUGGAAGUGAACUAAUCCUUUAAUUACAGAAUUUUCAUUUUUCAGUGAACUACACCUUUAAAUAAAAAAGAUUGUGUCAGAUGGCACAAACAAUUAAGAGACUAAAAUUCUUAUUUAGAAAAAUCCUAUACAUAUGUAGUGUGGCAUAAUCUUUUAUUAAUAAUUAAAAAAAAUGGUGAAAAAGUCAAAGUCAGAUAAUCAGUUCCUGAAUAAUCAAUAUUCAGGAUAACAUUUUGUUAUCAUGUGCAUAGAAUAGAAUAGAAUAGAAUAGAAUAGAAUAGAAUAGAAUAGAAUAGAAUAAUUGGCUCAUUUUAUUUUUUAUUACCUGCUUUGAAACGAAGAAUAUGGUAUUGUCUUGAUUUAUGUAUUUAAUUUGAAUAUAUUCUUAGUGGAUGCCAAUAUAACAUGCUUUUUUGAUUCUUGACUCUUGAUCUGUUAUUAUUUAUUAUGUCAGUGUGUUAGUAAAGAAUUACUGUGAUUACUAUAUUUGAUAGUAAAAGAUACGCUCUAAUUCUGCGUCAAUGGUUUUAUGGAAAAGAGAAUGAGUUCUUGCCCUUUGUAUAUGGCUGAAAUUAAACCAGCCAAUGAAAUUAAUUACACCUAAAAGUUAAUGACCUAAUCAGGGUCUUGAUUUUGAUUGGUUAGCAGCUCAUAGUAAGAAAGCGCAUAGCCUGAAAUGAUUGACGUGGAUGGGAAUGUUUGUGGUGCAUGGUUUAAUUUCAUUUGGAUUACACGCGCGUAGCUGUCUCUUUAGUGAUGUCCGUGUUGUCGAGGAUUUCAGGUGGUCCAGGAGAUGGCGAUGUAAGCUUUGAAGGAGAGAGAAGAGAGGCUGCACGGAUGACUUAGUGGCUUUACCUAACAGAUGCAGAGGUGACAGCGUCUCAAACAUUUCCCUACAUCUCUUCUGACGCGCAGCAGUUGCCGUUUUCUUCUCGUGAAUCAAGGCGUUGGGCUCUCUGGAUACAAAGAGACUGAACACAUGAAUUGAAUGAGGACAACAUAUUAUCAUUCUUUAAAUAAUAACCUAACCAACAUCACAUCUCAUGGAUGCAAAGUUGAAUUACACGCGACAAACAGAAACAGAGAUGUUGACGGUACUGAGUAUUGCACCCAGCGGUGCUCUUCUGUAAGAGGAGGGCUUAAUCAGGGUCGUUAUCCGCCCCUUUAAUACAAGUGUCCAUGGAGGACGGAGCUAUCAGGAGGACAUUUCCAUCGGAAGUCCUUCACGGACACUUCGCAGUGGCUUUUGUUAAAAAUGUGCGGCGUUUGGGUCGCCAGUAACACGAUUAUUUACAAUGAUGGGACCGCGCAGCCAGUCUCAGGCAGAGCCAAGCAUGACUCCGCCACGAAGCUCAUCCACUGCUGCUGACAGGUCGCCUACGGAGACUGUUCAGAGGAAUAACAGCAGUAAUACUGGUGUUAUUCUGGACAUUUCCACCCUGAAAAUGGCCGAUGUGGACUCUGAGGUCCCUCCUCUACCUCCACGAUACCGCUUUCGAGAUUUGCUGCUCGGGGAUCAAUCUUUUCAGAACGAUGACAGGGUGCAGGUGGAAUUUUAUGUAAAUGAAAACACAUUCAAAGAGAGGUUGAAGCUUUUCUUCAUCAAAAACCAAAGGUCAAGUCUCAGAAUACGCCUCUUCAACCUCUCCUUGAAGUUGUUAACAUGCCUCCUCUAUAUAAUCAGAGUCUCACUAGAUGAUCCAACUAACCAGGUCACAUGUGCACGGAAACACUGCACAAACAUCACAGAUGCCCUUUGCAGCAAAGCCUGUGGCAACUACACAACAAACCUGACCACAGAUCCCACACAAAUAAACUGGGAGUUAAUAUUUUGGGUGAAUAGGAGAGUUCCUGUAUGGGCGAUACAGGUGACAGUGGCCUUAAUUAGCUUCUUGCAAGCAAUGCUCCUGGUGUAUCUCAGCUACAAGGGGAACAUUUGGGAGCAGAUUUUCCAAAUCUCCUUCAUCAUUGAGAUGAUCAAUACAGUGCCAUUCAUAAUUACAAUUUUUUGGCCUCCACUAAGGAACAUAUUUGUUCCCGUAUUUCUUAACUGUUGGCUUGCCAAAUCAGCGCUGGAGAACAUGAUUAAUGAUCUUCAUCGUGCCAUUCAGCGCACACACUCUGCCAUGUUCAACCAGGUCCUCAUUCUGAUCUGCACACUGCUCUGUCUGGUCUUUACUGGGGCUUGUGGGAUUCAGCAUCUGGAACGGGCGGGGAAGAAUCUCACCCUCUUCGACGCUUUAUACUUCUGCAUCGUCACCUUCUCGACUGUCGGUUAUGGAGACGUCACACCCAGAAUCUGGCCCUCUCAGCUACUAGUGGUCAUCAUGAUAUGUGUGGCUCUGGUGGUGCUGCCAUUACAGUUCGAGGAGUUGGCGUAUCUUUGGAUGGAGAGGCAGAAGUCAGGUGGAAACUACAGCAGACAUCGUGCUCAGACAGAGAAGCAUGUGGUUCUCUGCGUCACUUCACUCAAAAUAGACCUGCUCAUGGAUUUCCUCAAUGAGUUCUACGCCCACCCAAGACUACAGGAUUAUUAUGUGGUGAUACUCUGUCCCAGUGAGAUGGACAUCCAGGUGCGGCGUAUACUGCAGAUCCCGCUCUGGUCUCAACGGGUCAUCUACCUCCAAGGCUCUGCACUGAAGGACCAAGACCUGAUGAGAGCAAAGAUGGACGAUGCAGAGGCGUGCUUUAUCCUCAGCAGCAGAAAUGAAGUGGACCGCACCGCAGCUGAUCAUCAAACCAUUCUGCGAGCGUGGGCUGUGAAGGAUUUUGCUCCAAACUGUCCUCUAUAUGUGCAGAUUCUCAAACCUGAGAACAAAUUUCAUGUCAAAUUUGCAGAUCAUGUGGUGUGUGAGGAGGAGUUCAAGUAUGCCAUGCUAGCCCUGAACUGUGUGUGUCCAGCCACCUCUACACUGGUCACACUCUUGGUGCACACGUCUCGUGGACAGGAAGGACAGACGUCUCCAGAACAGUGGCAGAGGACGUAUGGUCGUUGCUCUGGGAAUGAAGUUUACCACAUUCGUCUGAUGGACAGCAAGUUCUUUGGCGAAUAUGAUGGGAAGAGUUUUACUUACGCCUCCUUCCAUGCACAUAAAAAGUACGGUGUCUGCCUAAUCGGCACAAAGAGAGAAGACAAUAAGAGCAUACUUCUGAACCCCGGCCCUCGUCACAUCAUGUCCGCCACCGACACCUGCUACUACAUCAACAUCACUAAAGAGGAGAACUCUGCCUUCAUCUUCAAACAGGAGGAGAAGCACAGCAAAGGGCUGUCGGCCUCCGGCGUGUAUGACGCCCCGUCUCGUCUCCCUGUGCAGAGCAUCAUCGCAAGCAUGGUUGAUCAGUCUACUUCAUAUGGAACUGUGGCCAUUGACCUGCAGAACCCAGAUCCCCCGGCUGACAGCAGUAAACUGGCCCUGCCCACAGAGAACGGAGCUGGGAGUCGUAGGCCCAGCAUUGCCCCUGUGCUGGAGAUUGCCGAUUCCUCUGCCAUCCUGCCAUGUGAUCUUCUCAGCGACCCCUCAGAAGAUGAGACCAACCAAUCGGAUGAGGAAGGAGCACCAGCCUUAGAGUGUGUUAAAGGCUACCCUCCAAACUCCCCUUACAUUGGAAGCUCCCCAACUCUUUGUCACCUUUUGCAACAAAAGGCACCAUUUUGUUGUCUACGACUUGACAAGGGUUGUCGGCACAAUAGCUUUGAAGAUGCCAAGGCAUAUGGUUUCAAAAACAAGUUGAUUAUCGUUUCUGCUGAGACAGCGGGAAAUGGCCUGUACAACUUCAUAGUGCCGCUGCGUGCCUAUUACCGACCCCGGAAGGAGCUGAAUCCCAUUGUGCUGUUGUUGGAUAAUCCGCCUGAUAAUCAUUUUCUUGAAGCCAUCUGCUGUUUCCCUAUGGUGUACUACAUGGCUGGUACCAUUGACAAUUUGGAUAACCUGCUGCAGUGUGGCAUCAUCUACGCUGAUAACCUGGUGGUGGUGGAUAAGGAGAGCACUAUGAGUGCAGAGGAAGACUACAUGGCAGAUGCUAAAACCAUAGUCAACGUGCAGACCAUGUUCAGGUUGUUUCCUAGUCUCAGCAUAAUCACUGAGCUAACCCAUCCUUCUAAUAUGAGAUUCAUGCAGUUUCGUGCCAAAGACUGCUACUCCCUGGCUCUCUCCAAACUCGAAAAGAUAGAGAGAGAUAAGGGCUCAAAUCUGGCAUUUAUGUUCCGCCUCCCAUUCGCUGCAGGCAGAGUGUUCAGUAUUAGUAUGCUGGAUACUCUUCUUUACCAGUCUUUUGUGAAGGACUAUAUGAUUCUCAUUGCAAGACUUCUGCUGGGUCUAGACACCACCCCGGGCUCUGGCUACCUCUGUGCUAUGAAGGUAACGGAAGAGGACUUAUGGAUCCGGACGUACGGAAGACUAUUCCAGAAGCUGUGUUCAUCCAGUGCAGAAAUUCCCAUUGGAAUAUACCGCACUGAAUCUCACAUGUUCUCCUCCUCAGAGUUUAAGGAGGUGUGCAAACAGUCUCAGGUGUCUGUGGAGGACUGCGAGGACCAGCGGGACCGCAGGGAAUCCUGGAAAGAGAAAACCGCCCACAGAAACUCCACAGGGAGCGACCAAUCAGAGCACCCACUCCUGCGCAAGAAGAGCAUGCAGUGGGCGAGACGGCUGAGCAGAAAAAACACCAAAACGCCCAGUCGAGCCGAACGCAUCAAUCAACAGCGUCUGAACCUGUACCGGCGCUCAGAGAGACAGGAGCUGUCAGAACUGGUGAAGAACCGCAUGAAGCAUUUAGGGCUGCCCACUGUGGGAUACGAGGACGUAGCUAAUUUAACCGCAAGUGAUGUGAUGAACCGAGUAAAUCUAGGAUAUUUGCAAGAUGAAAUGAACGAUAAUCAGAACACGUUGUCAUAUGUGCUGAUAAACCCUCCUCCGGACACCAUACUAGAACUCAACGACAUUGUCUACAUCAUCCGCUCUGAUCCGCUGGCACACGUCCCUGAGAAUCUCCCAGGGGCUCCGGCCGGAGCCAAGCUACGGCAAGACUAUGGACCUGAGACGAGGGAUGAGACUCAUCUGUAAGAACUGGAAGUCCUUGUUAACCCUCUUUCCCUCCCUCAUCCACCUUGAGCUGCUACAGCCUGCAUGAAGAGCGACAGGACACACAACCGACCACACAGACACGACCCAUGUGCCAACACAUUCACUAACCAAGCUGCCCAGCCAAGCCCAACGGCUAUAACUGUACCACUGAAACACUUUACAGAUUCCUCUUUUCUACAAAACAGAUAUAAAGAAUCCUAUGGCACAUUUCAGACUUCUCUGAAUGUGGCUGGUUAUUACAUUUUUGUAUUUAAGACUUGGCUCAGUGCGCGUGUGGGGUGUUGAAUCACUUUGGACCAAACAAGCCGUCCAAGCACUUUGGAUUUAUAGGGCAGUAUAUAUCAGAAACAUUACGUAAAGCAGUAUUCAAGAGGGCAGCUAAAGACAGAAGGAAGAAACAACUAUUACAUCAGUCAGCUGACCCGAGUGGACCAGAACACUGGAUAGUGCCCCGUCAUAAAUGUGAGGUAUUUCAGUAUGAUAUUGAACAGUUAGUUUACAACAGUGCUAUAUUUUGUACAUAUAUAGCACAAAUACAGUAUAUAUAAAUAUAUAUUUGUACAUAUCAUAAGUUAGCCACAUAUUCUUUUACAUGCUCAGUGACCUCUUAGUAUUCACAGUAUUUUGUUGUGAUUUCGUCCUUAAAGCACAAGGGUUUUGUUUUAAAUUGCUAAUCCCAAACUGAAGCUUUUACAUGUGAUUGAACACCAUGAUGAAUUACUAUAAUUCACUGUCAGUUACCACUAUGAAAGUCACCACACUACCAGUUUACAUGUGCUGAGAAAAGAAGCUUGAUUCUUUGCCAUAAAAUUUCAAAUUUACAGCAAAAAAUGAAACCUAUUCUACAGCAAACAUGUGGUCCUGAAGAUUCACAGGAGCUGUCAUGGAUUUUGAUUAGGUAUCGUUGAAGAAAUGGUAAUAUACACAAAAUUACUGAAACAGGUUUGGGUUAUUCACCUUAUGCUUCAACGCUGAAGUAAGCCUAUGAGCGAGACUUCCGGUUCAUUAGCCGCGAACAACUGAAGUAACCAGAAGAAUAGCAACGUGCCGUAGGAUGAGACCGGAAGCCAGACCCAUAUAAUUAACAAAUGGCCACAACCUCUCUUACGGGAAAAAUUAGGUUGGUAAGCAUAGCUUUUUUUUUUUCACUGACCACAACAGCGUUUGUACUUAUAAACUAUUCGAUAUUAAUUUUAAUUGUUUUAUGUAUUAUUUCGGUCUGCAGUCAAUGUACCUUACUGCUCAUUUAAGACAAAAUGAUAAAGCUAUUAUUCGAUAUAUAUAGAGAAAGCACGAGAGAGAUUAUCCAUAAUUUGAAUUUGCCGAUUUUCUUGCACUAAGCUCUGUUAAUAGAGCAGUACAUAACCCUUUAAACUACAUGAAAACAUUAUACAUUUUACUUAAAUAUGUUUGGUUUUGCCUUCUGUAUUAAGACAUUGCAUUGUUCAGUGUCAUUGCCAUCAGUAUAAUCUGACGUUUAAAGCUAUCGUGGAAAGCUGCUUUUGUUUUUACUCUGUUGUUUUAACAGACAGAACAGAAAAUGUGAAUGCCCACAUUGCGCAAAGUAGCUAAGGUUGAAUACCUCUCAUGUCAUUCUUACUUGUCUGUCUCCGCCAAGAAAUGCGAUAGAUGACAGUAAAAGCAUGAAACGGGAAUC